CGUACUCCGAGUCCGACCACAGUGUUUACGUUCGGCUGUAAAUUUUUAUUUUACUUCUAACAGUUAGUUACAGCCACAGGUAAUCAGAUUUGUUUCAAAAUGGACCCAUUCCGCAUGCUCCAGUAAUCAUCACUGGAAUUUUUUUUAAUUCUGUGGUUGUUGAGUAAAAAUGGUGGCUUAAUUUUAUUCGAAGAUUUUCUGUCAUGUCUGUUGGAAAUUACGCCUUGGUGAAUCAGAUUGUGUGAUCACAUCGGUUGGAAUCGCCCAAGGAUGUGGGAGUCUUGUAUCUAGCUUGAACUUCUAAUUUGAGUUGACUUACAACAAAUGAAGGAUUCCUGAACCGUGCGCCAUGGCCUGGAUGUUCAGUAAAGCCGAAAACCUCUUAAACUCUUUGGACCAGUCAGCAAGCCAAGUGCUCACCUCAAGUCCCGCGUCAGACACAAAGAGCUAUGCCAACGGGGGCACAGCUCUCCAUCAGACUGAGUUUGCCGUUGGUAAUGGAAGACAAAACAGUCACACACCGGUCUCAUCAAGUCAGAUGACAACAUCUGCCAGUGCCCACAACCUGACUCCCACCGAGUUGGCCAACACAGCCAACAUCCGCCGGACGCCCAGCGACAGCACCCUAGCCUCCCCCUCCGCCCAACCAAAGAGCCGCAGCUCCAAACUCCGCGCUGACCAAGACGAUGAGAAACUCUUUGAAUUCUUGAACAAGCCAUCAACAGGCACGACCGGGAGAUCAUCGCCACUUGCCGGCGAGCGGCGCAGAGACAAGAAGAACGCUGUUGUGAACAGUGGGGGAGGAAACGCAGUCAAUGGACGCCAUUCAAGACAAUCCAGUACCUCCUCAACCGUGUCGUCAAAAAGUGCACGAGUUGACGGGGUAGCAGUGGACUGUGCUCCAAUAUCAACCACAGACAAUCCAGUGCUUUUGCCUGCUGGCGAUGACCAACCAGACAGUCGUGACAGUGCUGUACCACCAUUGGUCAACAACAUCUCUGACAGUGACCGCUCUGAUGGACCAGAGGAAAUGUUGUAUCCCUCUGCCCCCCAUCAAGAGGAUCAGGGCAUGGGGGACGAGCGGUCCCACCAGCUUUCCUCCUUGGAACUGGAGAACAAGCUUCUCAGAAAUGAGGUGGCGUCACUGAACCAGGAGAUGGCAUCUGCCCUGAGCAGGGCACGCAAAGCACAGGAAGAGCUCCAACGGGUGAAGUCAGAGAUGCAGCGGCAUCAAAACCAGAUUUCCAGCACUGACGGCAUCAUUUGCCAGCUGCAGGCCCGGGAGGAAGACCUGGUGGAGGAGCUGGGUGCCAAGAACUCCCAGCUGGCUGUCUUGAGGGUCCGUCUACAGGAGGCAGACGGAGAGCUGAAGGCCAAGGCCCAGCGGCUGGAAGAGCUAACAUCAGAGAGAGACAGAAUCCUUCGUGACCACAGUGAUGCAAGUGGUGUCCACAGUAAUGCAUUGGACUCUGUCAAGGACAGACUCACAGAGACAGAGUCUUUAUUGAAGAGAGAGCAGGACGCUUAUAAAACAGCACAGGUUGAGUUCAUGGAGAGGCAAGGGAAACUUGAAACAGAGCAGCAGAACCUGGCCGAAGCACUGACGUCAUCUCAGAAGAAGUACCAUGAAGAAAAGAGCAACUCACAUCAGCUGGUCCAGCAGCUCAAGAUAGCCAAGACCCAGCUGGAGUCGGCUAAGGAAGAGCUUGGCGAUUACAAGCAGAAGGCUACCCGAAUACUCCAGUCCAAGGACAAGCUGAUUGCCAGCCUCAAGGACGGCGCGGGCCCCAGCGACGGCUCUGCCACGUCAGGGUUGGAGCUGGAGGAGAUCAGGAACGAGAGGGACAGCUUGAGGGAGGAGCUGCAGAUGGCCAACGGGAGGUUGCAGCAGCUCAGGAGCGAGUUACAGGAGUUGGAAGCCUUGCAGCAGUCAGAAUCGGACACCGCCCAAGACCAGAUUCGCGAUUUAGAGGACCAGCUGACCACCGGGCAGCAGCAGCUGCGGGAGGCGGAGACAGACCUGCGACAGAAAGGGGAGGAGCUGAGAUACAUGGAAGGAGAGAGCUACAAGACCAAGAUGAGCCUGCAGGCCAGGCUGCAGGACAGGGAGGAUGAGAUCCAGAAGCUGAGAAAUCAGCUGAUGACCAGGAGUGUCAGCAGUACAUCUCAGUCGGAGCUGGAAUCCCGGCUACAUGCCUUGACAGAGAGCCUGAUACAGAAGCAGACCAUGCUGGAAGCACUGAGCACCGAGAAGAACUCACUGGUCAUGCAGCUGGAGAGGGCCGAGAGGCAAUGGAAAGAAGCUCAAGUCAGUGCUACCAGAAGCGAGAGUCACACCGUUACGCUGAGGAGCACGGAUGACGAGGAAGGAACAAGGCAGCGGGGACUUCCCUCAUUCUUGCGUGAAACACCCUUGGAUGCGGUAGUCACUAAGAACGUCAAGCGAGCAGCCAACACCAUCGACAAAUUCAGCAUUCGGCUUGGAGUGUUCCUGCGACGCUAUCCGAUCGCGAGGUUGUUUGUCAUCGCCUAUAUGAUCUUGCUUCAUAUCUGGGUGAUGAUCGUCCUGCUGACUUACACUCCUGAAAUCCAUGGAUCGGACUUCCAUCCACAAGGUCCGAAAUAAAGAUUAUUCUAUAAAAAAAAGGGGCAAAAAGUGCUUGAGCCCAUUAGUGAGGUACGUCUUAACAGACGUCAAAAACACAUAUUUUGUUAAUAGGUAGACAUCAUUCCACAGUGGUGAACUCUCGCCUAAAGUUACACCCAUCUAACAGAUAAUUAAGUAGACAGUGAUAGUCAGACUGUGUUCUAAGGUUGUAAAGGAAGUUCACGAGGUUGCAUGGACGCCCAGAUAUACAUGAGGAGCUUUUACAGAUUACAAAAAAUAGACCAGCUAUUAGCCCCUUGCCAAAAGAGAACAAAAUUCAUUCCUUAAGUCCAGUAUUGGAAUUGGUUCCUGUCAGUUAUCAGACAUCAGGUGUUGGGUUUCCAGUUUCGAGCAUUAGUAUUGAAAAUAAUUAGUUUUGCAAAGUUGAUUUCAAUUUAUGCUGCCAAAAGCAGUAAAGCUGAACUUGAAUCCUUGCAUUGUUGGUCAGCAACUUCGAAAACAUAAAAUGAACCGCUACAUUUGCCAAUAUUUAAAUACUUUCCGCUCUGCUGCACCUCAGAUAGCUUAUGUACAAUUUCCAUUGGAUUUUAUUUCUAGCUGGUUGAUCCAAGGAUGUUGAUCUUAUGCAUAAUUGGUUGUAGCAUUAUGUAAAUGAAAGCAUAUUCGUCGAGGAACAAUGCAGAAAACCUACUAGUUCAAAAUAGAGUCUAUUAUGAAAAGAUUUAUUUACUUUAUAAUCUGUGCUACAGUGUAGAGGCCUUUUGAGAUCCAUUGACGUUUCGAAAGAGAAUUUUCUGAUCAACUUUUUAGGAGUGCGGUACUUUGAUGAAAACUGAAGCGUACAAAUAUUUAAAUAUGAUAAUGACGACUCUUUGAUAGUUUGAAUAUUUUGUCAGCAGAAGCGUGUUGGUUAUAAUGGGGUUGGUGUAAUGCAGGUCCACUGUAUGUGGUCUUGCCAAUACCAAGACCAUUACUAGACAAUUUCAUUCCGUUUAUUGAAGCCAUUUGCCCCUGCACACUUGAUAGUGUACAUUUAGCUUAAGUGGUGGACUGCACUGUCAGGUCCCACGCCCAGGAUGGCCCAGGUCAGGCUGCGCACCUUUAUACACGAUGCCAAGGAAAGCUUAAGCUAUGCCCUGCACCAUGGAGGAAGAAAAUGAAGCUUGUGUUCCUCCAUGCCUGUAUUCCCUUCCUCUAUGCCUAGACCUUCAGGUCUUGGAACUGGAUUAUUCAAUUUUAUUGUAAAAUCCAGAUUCUGUGGGAGCCCCUCGUAAGUUGGCAGUAGCAUUCCAUUGAAACGUUCACAUGUUAGUGCUAACGGUCUGCUUUGUACAUAGUGCUGAGGCAGCGUUUCACUGAGAAUGCUGUGUUCCCAGUGGAUUGACCGUCUAUUCUGGAAUGAGAACACAGUGUUCUGAAUGGGAUGUUCUGACAGUUCAAAAGAAUGAGACACCCCUUUAGGGUUAUUUUCACCCCAUCAUAUCCAACAUCUGGGUUAAUUGGGUUCAUGUCGUACAUCCUUCAUAUCCCUAAUCUGUUUUACACUGUCAGACCUUUCAUACAUAGAUCAUGCCACCCGUCAGACAUAGGCACCAGACAGUUUAGGCUUGGCCAUAUGCUUCAACAGGCUCCGUCAUAUCGAUCCAUCAAAAUACCCUGUUCCCAAUUUGUCACAAACCAUUGGAGCUCAAAGCCAGGAUAUUUCCUCACCAGAUCCCAUACCUGUGUUAUCCUGUUCCAUCUUACACCUACCAUCUGAAUCCACACCAUGAAGACCCUUCAUUGCCUACCUCCAACCCAUUUGCCCUGUCAUGAUAUCACAUGAAGGAAAUACUCCUAUUCCCAAACUCGACAACAUAUAGGUUUUCCCGGACAAUUUUCGAAAAUGUGCUUUGACUUUGAAAAACAUAAAAAUUAAGUUUUGCAUUGAUUGUAAGAAUGUUGCACAUCCAGGUUUCACUUUUGCAGUAACUAGCAUUCAAUUUUAUUUUAAUGGCUGCAAGUAUAGAUGAAGAAGCUUGGUGAUAAAUUAAUAUGAAUACAGGAUUGCAGAAUGGGACUUCGAUUUGGAGCUAAAAUGGAACGCCAGUACACUAAAGCUAGUACACAUUAGAGAAAUUAUACGUGAUAUUUUAGGACUAAUGCACCUUCAUGGAAAUAGAACUAUCAUUUGUUACCUAGAAACAGGGAUUGUGAAUGCUCAUUUUAUUUUGUACGAAAACAAAUUGUCCGGGCAAACUUAAAUUAGUGUACAGGUACUUUAAAAUUCCAUUUCUUCAUUUUCAUCCCUCCCUCAAACCCACUCCACUUGAGGUUGGCUUUUGUCAUGAUUUUUGUUUGCUUUAUUUAUUUCAUUAAUUAUUUAUGGGGGGGGUUCCCUCGGUCUCUUGGACUCUAGUCGAUAAUCUAAUUAAGUAUGUCCCUUUAUGGUACAGCUGGCACUGACCAAAGAGGGUCCAUGCCCUAUGGGACGAGUUCCACUCGGCAUCCAUAGAACCAGGCCUCUCCCCCAACGGAUGGUUGGUUCGCCUCUGUCAGGAAUUCUUCUCUGAAUGACUGUUUUAUUUGCUGUCAGCAUAUUAUAAUCAUGGACGUCAUAUGCACAUGUGAAGAAAUCUACAGGACUUGCAAUGCUCUUGUACCGAUUGAACCCACCGGCGGCUAUCUUACAGUGCCGAAUACAAAACGUGAUUGCCACAUGUCGGUGGUUAACAAUGGUGAGCAAACCUUUGUAUUACCUUUGUAUUCGGCACGGUAUGAUGAUCACCGGUGGCUUCAUGAGACCUAUGUGGGCUAAGGGCAUUGCCACAGCUUUGAGUCCAAAUUUUGUUAAAAUAGACGGAAUGCCCGAGGGGACUUUCUUUUUUAAUUAAAGUAAUGAGAGAAAAGGCGAUGGGGGAUUUUCUUUUCUUGCAAAAGUGUGUAGAGGGUCCCCCAAUAUUACCCUCACUCGCGCCAUGCAAGGUUUACUAACCCCCCCUCAAAAAAAAAGUGCACUGGAUUUGCGAGUGGAUAAGAAUUCAAGUAUUGAUGUACAUAUAUUUAUGUACAUGUACGUUCUUGUAAAUGGAAGAAUGAAUAAAAACACUGCAUGCCAAUGUGGAAGUGACGUGUAAACUGCUA